AGGUUGAACACUCAUUAAAGGCAAUGAAAGCGUGUUGAUAUAUUAGAAGUUUGACUUUCAUUGACGCUGCUGUAUUUCAAUGUCCCUAAUGGAUGCAAUAAAGCAUUAAUAGUUUUAUUGGCUGCUAGAGGUACCGUUGUGUAAAUAAUUUAAAAAACACCAAUCGUUUGAAGUAAGAAAAAUGGAUUUAAAGUAAAUCAUUAUCGUAGCAGAUUAUGUAGAACCAUCUGACCUAUCAUUUUAAGAAAUAUUUUGUACAGUUUAACUUUGUUUGAUUGUUUGUCGUGCAGAAGUUACCAAAGCAGUGCAUGUCUAUAAAAGGAACGUAUUGGCGAAGUGAAUAUUAUUUUCAGUGACUGUUAUUAUACACCAUGUAUUAAUGAAAUCUUCCAAUCCGCUAUGGUAAGACUAAGGAAUAAAUGUGUACUGCUCCUACAAAUAUUUAUAUUUCGGACAAUAUACAAACAUUGACGGAAUAGUAGUCGUUCAUUGAUUUGUCAGAACAUGUGUUGUUCUAAUACUGAUGGAAUUAUUAUUUUUCUUCUAUGAAUGGAUUUCUUUAUAUUUAAUUUUAGGCUUUUAAAUGACAAAGAUACCGGUUAAUGAUGAUUCGUAAUGGACGAUUAUACAAAAUUUCUAGAAUAAUAUACAUACAGUAUUACAUAGUAGAAGCUGUCCUUUUCUUGUCAGCGUUCAGUGCCUUAUCUGUUAAAGGUUUACAAGCCAAUGUCCCUUUCUUUGAACCUAGAGAAAACAACGUAUCAUUCUAUGCUGGAGAAACUGCCACGUUACUUUGUUCUGUGACUGGGUUACAAACUCGGUUUGUAGUUUGGAGAAGGACAUCUGAACCAAAUCCAUUAACAAUAGGUGAUUUCGUGUAUAGUCCUGACGACCGUAUCACCAUACGACGUGUAGAAGACAAAAAUGAAUGGAAUCUGAUCAUAAAAGAUGUACAAAUAGCCGACGCUGGAGUAUACGAGUGUGCAGUUAGUUCUCGUGAGAAAUAUAAGAGACUUGUUUUACUUCGAGUUAAUGGAACAUCACGACGUUUAAACAGCAAAGGCUUAGCUUAUGAUAAAGAUCAAGAUAUCCUAAAAUCUCAGGUACUUAUGUCAGGACAAAGAUUCGUCAGCAAAGGUCAGACUAUACUACUUACAUGUAAUGCCACAGGUGAGGAUUAUGCUCCAGAUGGAGUUGACUGGUUUAUAAAUGGACAUAAAGCUAAUCAUCAAACAAUGCCUCGUGUUAGAAUUUACGAUCCAGUGGUUGACAAUAAUAAAAGAACUUUACUUAGCACUUUGGAAAUAAGACGUUCUAUAAUGAACGAUAAAGGAAUAUAUGUAUGUAGAGGUCCUGAUCAAAAAACAAGUAGUCUGACAGUCCAUAUUUUAGACGAAGAAAAGUCAAGUAUAGAUAAGCGUGGCGAUGGAUCUCCGUCUCAUGGAUUCGUUAGCGAUUCUGCUAUCCCAUGUUGUUCCUUCAAGUGGAGUAAACAGUGUGCAAUAGUAUUUCUAGGUUUAUCAGCGACCUGGUUUACACAUGCGUGGUUUGUCACGUGAUAUACAAUAUCUAUAGCUGACAAGAUUAUCAAGCAAAAAUGUGUUACAUGAAUGAUGUCCUCGAUCAACGGUUGAUUUAUGGGGAAAUUUGAACGAGUUCUUUUAAGCAGAAAUGAUCAAAAGAAUGAUACCAGGAGAACGUUCGAUUUGAGAAAAACGAGUAAACAAGGACUUGUAAGGGGUCACUUGCAGAUGAAUAUAUGCAUUGAAUAUUAUUUGUCAUGUUUUGUUUUAUUAUAUAUAUUCAUUUUAAGAGCACAUGUAUAUAUCAUAUAAUUUUCCUUUUCUUAUUUUGAUGUUUCGUUUCAUGUAUAAAUGAAGUUUGUCAACUAAUGAAGGAAAGACAAAGAGCAAUAAAGCAUUAAUUAUAUCAUGUUUAAGAUGGCAGCAAAAUAUAACAAUGACUUUUGUUUAAUGCGAUACAUUCUAUUUCAUUCCAAUAAUUUAGGUCCAUUAAGUAGCUCAUGUGGAUGUUUAUUUUGUUCUAAACGCAGUUGUUAUUUUAUUAAAUAUGAUAAUAUUA